AUGUUUCGUCAGGCAUUAUUGGGAAGUAAAGUUGCCAGGACUCUAGUGCCGAGAUCCACUGCUCGUGUCCUAGGCCGUUCCGGAAUCAACCUUGUGCCUCUCAGAACUUACGCUGAUCGCUUUGAUAUCAAUAAGGCUGAGAACCUAGAAGCUCGUCGUCUCAAAUCGCUUCCUAAGACUCAACAAUGGGCCCAGUACUUCCAAACCACCGAGUUCAAAAAAAUGAUGACCAAGUACUACGUCGGAAUGUUCGCUGUGUUGUUGAUAGCGUUGUAUUACUACAUGAAUGAUAAGUACAAAGAAGAGAAACACUUGAAGAAGAUCCGCCGCAAGUAUCAUGAAGACCGCUCAAGCUUGUCGGAGUACGAGUUUUUGAAACUCAAAUUGACUUCAGGAAUUAAAUUGAAGCCUAGAGAGGAGAAGAAGUUCGAGCUUUACACAAAGAUGCGCAGAGAGCUCUUGAAGAAUGGAACUUUAGAGACCCUAGAAUUAUAUGACCCUACCCCGGAGGACUUAGAGGAAUGGUACUCGAAGCAAGAGGUUAAAAAAGUAGUCAUUGCUGGUGUUUCGGAGGAUUCCAGUGAUGGUUUGUCUGGCAAGGCUGCAGUAAAGACGAGCACUAUCGAAAUGCUCAUGGAGGAGACACCCGAGGGACCUCUCACAAACCUGACUAAUCCUAAAAUCCAACCCGCUCUGGACACCACUGAUCUAUUCGAUGAUAUCGCUGCCGAGUAUGACGACUCAUUGAAGUGGGAAGAACGGGGUAUCCUCAUGGGUAUGAGAAGAAAAUGGCUUAUGAACAAGGCAGAAGGUCAUGUCUUGGAAGUUGCAUGUGGUACAGGAAGAAACAUUCCAUACUUUAAUCCGCUGGGAAAAAUAGACUCGAUUACGUACAUGGACUCAGCACCUCGAAUGGUUGAGAUUUGUCAGAAGAAGUUUAGAGAAAAAUAUCCAAACUACAGAAAAGCCGCAUUUGCUGUGGGAAAGGCCGAAAACAUGGAUACGCUCAAUCCGCAUCAGUAUGAUACUGUGAUUGAAGCCUUCGGACUCUGUGCAUACGAAGAUCCCGUAAAAGCUUUACGCAACAUGACAAGGGUUUUGAAGCCUGGCGGAAGAUUGAUCCUCCUAGAGCACGGAAGAACCCACUACGACUUCUUGAACAAUCAUUUGGACUUCAGAUCGGAGAAAAGAAUGAAAACAUGGGGUUGCAGAUGGAACCUAGACAUUGGUGAGAUUGUUGAGGAUGCUGGCUUGGACAUUACCUACGAGAAGCACGCCCAUUUUGGCUCAACAUGGAUGUUGAUAUGCAAGCGGCCAGAGGAUCCAAUGCGACUUGAUGAGAAGCCGUUCCUCAAAAAACUUUUGGGAUCAAAGAUGAACACCGUUGACAGAGGCGACAAAUAG